GUUUCCGGUGCCUGGAAUGUGUUUUGGAGGUCUGUUCCAAGUGGUACGUACCUUUCUCUAUGUAUCUCGGUAUCUUAGUACUGUAUUUUUUUUAAUUGAAUGCUUGAUUGAGUUAUUGUCCUCUUAUGUUUUCAUCGCUCUGCUUUGUCGUGUCCAAUUGAGUUCAAUUACCUCGAAUCGUGUGCUACAAUGGAUCCAAGCACCACCAAAUCCACAAUUCUCUCCCCCUCAGCAAUCGAGGAACUUGUCAAUGAUGGCGCAACACUUGUCAUCUACGGCAAAGCAGUGCUAAAACUCGAUUCAUGGCUUAGAUACCACCCAGGAGGUGAAAAGACUAUUCUUCACAUGGUGGGCAGAGAUGCUACUGACCAAAUAAAUGCAUUUCACUCGGUAGAGACGCAGAAAUCGAUGGAGAGAUUUCAGAUUGGGAGGAUUGAGGGGAAAUGGGAUAAUAUCAUUCCUCUCUUUCAAAGGGCUUCUGAUGGGAAGAAUAUUCUUGAGAUUGGGCAGCAUGGAGAUAGAGAUGAAGAAAACAGUGAGAGUAGUGCCUGCUCGCGAGCUUCCAGUGUUUUUGAAACAAAUGGGUUGAGGAGCCGUGCUGCUGGUACCGAGUCUCCUGCCUCCUCGAUUUCUGCUUCGUCCGAGGAUAUUUCGAAGCUUGCAACGGACGCUCUGGCACCCGAGAGCAAAGGAGAUGUUGAACGAGAUGAAGAUGCCAUUGUCGCUUCAUUCCGAGAGCUCGUCGCACAGAUCGAGGCCCAAGGACUGUAUGAUUGCAACUACUGGGCCUACUUGACAGAUGUCAUAAGAAUCUCGAUCAUCUUCUCGAUUAUGCUGCUUCUACUCCACUUCAAGCAAUACAUCCUAUCCUCCAUCGCCCUAGGAACAUUCUGGCAUCAACUAGUAUUCAUAGCCCACGACUCCGGCCACUUGGGCAUAACACACAACUACACAAUAGACACGGCAAUCGGACUCCUCCUCUCCUCAACACUGGGAGGUCUCUCAUUAUCAUGGUGGAAAACAUCCCACAACGUCCACCACCUAGCAACCAACUCGCCCUCCCAUGACCCAGACAUCCAACACCUGCCCUUCCUCGCCGUGACCCCGUCCUUCUUCUCUUCCCUCUACUCAACUUACUACUCCCGCAUAAUGCCCUACACCCCCUUCGCCUCCACCAUGAUGCGCUUCCAACACCACCUCUACUACCCGCUCCUCUGCUUCGGCCGCUUCAAUCUCUACUUCCUCUCCUGGACACACCUGUACCAAAAUCUCGGCCCCAAACACCCCUCCAUGCGCUGGCACCGGCCCCUCGAAAUCCUCGGCCAGCUCACCUUCUGGUACUGGUUCGGCUACCUGCUCCUCUACCACUCCCUCCCCACCCUCUCCUCGCGGGUCCUCUUCGUCGUAAUUUCCCACGCCGUCACAAUGCCCCUACACGUACAAUUCACGCUCUCGCAUUUCGCCAUGUCGGCCAAAGCCGGGGAGCGGAACGAGAGUUGGGUCCGCCAGCAGUUGCGGACGACGAUGGAUGUCGAUUGUCCGGCGUGGAUGGAUUGGUUUCAUGGCGGGUUGCAGUUCCAGGCUAUUCAUCACCUGUUUCCGCGGUUGCCAAGGCAUAACUUGAGGAGGGCGAGUGAGGUUGUGAAGGUUUGGGCCGCGGAGAAUGGGGUUAGGUAUGAGGUUUAUGGGUUUGUGGAGUGUAAUGGGAGGGUGUUGGGGAGGUUGGAGGAGGUGGGGCGGCAGGCGGGGUUUUUGAGGGAGGCUACUAGGAGUGUGGUGGAGAAGGGGGAGUGGUUGAGGGGGGAGUGGGAAUAG